AUGCGGAAACGACAUGUAGCGUUCUCUUUUUCCUCUCCCAAUGAAAUUCGUUCCUCACAUGCAUCCCUUUUGAUCUUCCAACUUUUAUCUCUCCGUCAAUUACACACUAUUUGGGUUUAUUUCCGGAUCCGACUUUGUUUUUUUUUUAUUCGUUUCCAACUUCUUGGGGUUUAUCCUUCCGCCUUGUCAUCAGCGUUCAGACCGUCAGCAAGAACAGCUGAAGGUGAUACAGGUACACCUUUGGCAAACGUUACUUUUUGGAGCGAGCUUUUGACUGAUACUAUUAAGGUUAUCAGUGAUCUACUUGAUCCAGCAAGGAAAAAUCUGCAUGAGAAGAUUGACAGGUUAUAAGAGGCAUACACGAAGAAGCGGUAUAUCAGUAAUUUUACUUUUUCGGUUAAAAGGUUGUAGAAUGGACACGUGGCCUAGAGGGCGUCUUUUAUUAGAUAGGGAGAUAUAGUUUUUUAUGAACACGUGCUAGCUGGAAUGAAAUGAUUUGAACAGAAUGUAAAAGCAGAAACCCUGCACGUUUUAUCUUGUAACUUUUUUUUUGUUGUACUUCUAACUAUAUAUAUAUUUUUUUAUUUAGCAC